AUGGCGGGUUUACGCUUACUUCGUCCACUAACUCUAUGGACAGUUCUUUUGAGUCCUUGUCUGUCUGUGUGUCCGGACGGUUCCAUUGUACAUCAAACAUCUUGCUACUUGUUUUUCAACAUGAGGGCCACAUGGAGCGAAGCGGAGUUUUAUUGUCGUCUGCUGAAAACUGAUCUGUUAUCCAUAGACACUGCGGAGGAACAAACGUUCAUCGGGAACCACCUGGCAAGGGAGGGCAGUGCUACGUUCAGUAAGGACGGAAUGUUUUGGACGGGAGGGACUACCAUAAUGACAGGCGGGCGAUGGAUGUGGGAAGGAGAGUCCAUUCCUGUGGGGUACGAGGCCUGGGCCUCAGGAGAACCGGACACUCAAUCAGCCCAGAAGAGAUGUCUAGCUAUGGUUUUCAAUAACAAUUUCCAAUGGCGCGCGUCUGUGUGUGAUCGCAAACACCACUUCGUGUGCGAGGCAUCCGCAUUUGCUAACAGUAACAGUGGCAGCGGAGGUGUAAUAAUUGGAUGA